GUUAACUGGCCUAUCUUUCAUGACAGCUCCAAACGCAGUCACAGUUGCAGUAAACUCAUCUGGCGCUGCUUUCUGCCUCCGCUGACGACCUUGUAGUUUCUUGAACUGGCUGAAAAAUGCUCUCCUACAUCAUCGGUCUGAUCAGAGGAGGAUUUGACAGCAUCAUCAACCUGAUCUUCAGACUUUUAUUCGGAAAGAGGAGACCUGCCAUCACCUUAGAAGACCCCAACAUCAAGUAUGCACUGAGGCUCAUAGACAAAGAGAUUGUCAGCCAUGACACAAGGAAAUUCCGCUUUGCCCUGCCCUCCCCUGAACACGUCCUGGGUCUCCCCGUUGGGCAGCACAUCUAUUUGUCUGCUAAAAUCGACGGUAAACUCGUCGUCCGUCCAUACACUCCGACCUCCAGCGAUGAUGACAAAGGCUACGUGGACCUGGUGGUGAAGAUUUACUUCAAAAAUGUCCAUCCUAAAUUCCCUGAAGGAGGGAAGAUGAGCCAGUACCUGGAGAGCCUCAAGAUCAACGACACCAUCGACUUCAGAGGCCCCAGCGGUCUUCUCAUUUACAAAGGCAAAGGUGUUUUUGCUAUUCAGCCAGAGAAGAAGGCCCCAGCUGAGACCAAGACCGCCAAACAAGUGGGCAUGAUUGCUGGAGGAACAGGGAUCACUCCCAUGCUGCAGCUGAUCACGGCUAUCAUGAAGGAUCCUCAGGACAAGACUGUGUGUUACCUGCUUUUUGCCAACCAGACUGAGAAAGACAUCCUGUUGAGACCAGAGUUGGAAGAGAUUCAGGCGAACAACCCAGACCGGUUUAAGCUGUGGUUUACCGUGGACAGAGCACCUGCAGACUGGGAGUACAGCCAAGGCUUCAUCAAUGAAGACAUGGUGAGGGAUCACCUGCCUCCCCCCAGCGACGACACCCUCAUCCUCAUGUGCGGACCUCCACCCAUGAUCCAGUUCGCCUGCAACCCCAAUCUGGACAAAGUUGGCCACUCUGCCAGCCGGAGGUUUGCCUUCUAGACACCAAAGACCAGAUGCUCAGGAGUACUGAGGUUUUCAGUUAUUCAUUACUCUGCCCUGAAAAAGUUAAAGCACUCGUACAGUCGCAGUGGGUUUGCACUAUGUAUACUACUUUAUUUAUGCCAUGAUAAUAGUCAUGCAACAGAAUCACAGCAAGGACCAAUUAAUGUUAUCAGGAUGUAGCAGAAGGGUGGGGAGUAGUGGAUGUAUGAGCUCUGGAUGAUGCUUUUUGAUGGGAAAUGUAAGUAGUGUUUACAUUGAUUUUAGUUAUGGACGUGAUUCAGAAUAAGUUGCAAACAAAGCGUGCUGUCCUGCUGUUUGGCCUCAGUUUGGUUUAAAUAUCAGGGGUUGAGGUUUCCUGGCUGUUUCCUGAGUGCCUUAUCACAUGCAAAGCUUUUUUUAUGCACAGAGAAAGAAAUUGCGACCACUUGCUUUGAAGAGUAUUAUUCCAUUUCUGCUGCUGAGUAUGUGUUACAGAGUCCUGCCCUGUGUCUGUCGUAAUGUCAGAUGUCAGCAUUUUUCUGGAGCAUGUUAACAGUGGUUUAUGUGGUUACUGAUGACACGUCUUUGCUGCUGUCUGAUAGCAGUGGCUUAAAAAUGCAACAUGAAAAUCAGCAGCUACGAAAUUUGUGACACUUCUGGUAUCGUUUCCUGGUAAAAUGACUGAAAAGAUGUCAUUGUGCAACCUAAAUGUGUUCAAAACUGUGUUGUAACAUCUUCAAAAACAACACAAAACAAUGCAUUUUCUCCCUUUUAUUACAAAAAUUUAAAAACAA